AUGUAUUUCUUUCUUUCUUCAUCUUUCUUUUUUUUUUUUUUUUGUUUUUUUUCUUUCUUUUUUUUUUUUCUUUCUUUCUUUCUUUCUUUCUUUCUUUCUUUCUCCAUUUUCUCUCUCCAUUUUUUUUUUCUCUCGAUCUAUUUCUUUUCCCUUUCUUUCUUUCUUUCUUUCUUUCUUUCUUUCUUUCUUUCUUUCUUUCUUUCCCAUUUGUCCCUUUUAUUUCUUUUUAUCUCGAUCUAUUUCUUUUCUUUCUUUCUUUCUUUUUUCUUUCUUUCUUUAUUUCUUUCUUUAUUUCUUUCUUUUUCUUUCGCCAUUUUCCCUCCAUUUCUUUUUUCAUUCUCGAUGUUUUUCUUUCUUUCAUUCCUUUCUUUUUUUUCUUUCUUUUCUUCUUUUUUUUUCUUUUUAAACAUUUGUUCCCUCCAUUUCUUUUUUAUCUCGAUCUUUUCUUUCUCCCUUUCUUUCUUUCUUUCUUUCUUUCUUUCUUUCUUUCUUUUAUUUCUUUCUUUCUUUCUUUAUUCUUAUCUUUCUCUGUCUUUCUCUCUGUCUCCGUUCUUUUUUCUCCCCCUCUCUCUCUCUUUCAAUCUUUCUCCUCCCCCUAUCUCUCUAUCUCAGUAUCUUUCUCUGUCUUUCUCUAUCUCCGUUCUUUUUUCUCCCUCCCCCUCUCUCUCUUUCAAUCUUUCUCCUCCACCUCUCUCUCUAUCUCAGUAUCUUUCUCUGUCUUUCUCUCUGUCUCCGUUCUUUUUUCUCCCCCACUCUCUCUUUCAAUCUUUCUCCUCCACCUAUCUCUCUAUCUCAUAUCUCUCUCUCUCUCUCUCUCUCUCGCUAUAUUUCUUUCUCAACGUUCUCUCACUUUUCUCUCUAACUCUUUGUUUCACUUUCUUUCUCUCUCCCUUUCUUUCUGUCUUUCUUUCUAUCGCUAUAUCUACCUGUCUUUGCCCGAUCUUCUCUAUCUAUCUAUCUAUCUAUCUAUCUAUCUAUCUAUCUAUCUAUCUAUCUAUCUAUCUAUCUCAGUCUCUUCAUUAUCUAUCUAUCUAUCUAUCUAUCUAUCUAUCUAUCUCAGUCUCUUCAUUAUCUAUCUAUCUAUCUAUCUAUCUAUCUAUCUAUCUAUCUAUCUAUCUAUCUAUCUCUGCCCAUUAUCUAUCUAUCUAUCUAUCUAUCUAUCUCAGUCUCUUCAUUAUCUAUCUAUCUAUCUAUCUAUCUAUCUAUCUAUCAAUCUAUCUAUCUAUCUAUCUAUCUAUCUAUCUAUCUAUCUAUCUAUCUCAGUCUCUUCAUUAUCUAUCUAUCUAUCUAUCUAUCUAUCUAUCUAUCUAUCUAUCUAUCUAUCUAUCUAUCUAUCUAUCUAUCUCAGUGUGUUCAUUAUCUAUCUAUCUAUCUAUCUAUCUAUCUAUCUAUCUAUCUAUCUAUCUAUCUAUCUAUCUCAAACCUCCUCUUCUAAUUUUUCCGGUUCUCUUUCAAGGAGAAGAUCAGGUGCUUUCUUCCACUCAAUGUGGUGGCAAAUUAGAGCUUAUCUAUCUAUCUAUCUAUCUAUCUAUCUAUCUAUCUAUCUAUCUAUCUAUCUAUGUCAGUCUGUUCUUUAUCUAUCUAUCUAUCUAUCUAUCUAUCUAUCUAUCUAUCUAUCUAUCUAUCUAUAAUGCUUGGAAUUCGCACCGGAAGCUCGAACAGGAACAUUUCAAUAUAUUUGAAUUUUCAACUCAUCUAUCUAUCUAUCUAUCUAUCUAUCUAUCUAUCUAUCUAUCUAUCUAUCUAUUUCAGUCUGUUCACUAUCUAUCUAUCUAUCUAUCUAUCUAUCUUAUGUUUUUAUUAUCUAUCUAUCUAUCCAUCUAUCUAUCUAUCUAUAUAUAUAUCAGUGUUUUUAUUAUCUAUCUAUCUAUCUAUCUAUCUAUCUAUCUCGGUCUUUUUAUUAUCUAUCUAUCUAUCUAUCUAUCUAUCUAUAUAUAUAUAUAUAUAUAUAUAUAUAUAUAUCUCAGUCUUUUUUAUCUAUCUAUCUAUCUCAGUAUUUUUUAUUAUCUAUCUAUCUAUCGAUCUCGGUAUUUUUAUUAUCUAUCUAUCUAUCUAUCUCGGUAUUUUUAUUCUCUAUCUAUCGCAGUAUUUUUAUCUAUCUAUCUAUCUAUCUAUCUAUCUAUCUAUCUAUCUAUCUAUCUAUCUAUCUCGGUAUUUUUAUUAUCUAUCUAUCUAUCUAUCUAUCUAUCUAUCUAUCUAUCUAUCUAUCUCAGUCUUUUAUUAUCUAUCUAUCUAUCUAUCUAUCUAUCUAUCUAUCUAUCUAUCUAUCUUAAUCUGUUCAUUAUCUAUCUAUCUAUCAACAAUCCAUACUUUUACCUGAUUCUUUUUCCUCUUUUCCUACGCCUUAACAGUUCAUUGUCUUUUUGUCCACUAUUUUUUCUUAUUCGCUCUCGUCCUCUCUACAAUUUUAUUUCUCCUCCUUCUCCUCCCUCUCUCUCUCUCUCGUUCUUUACUUCCUUCUCUCUUCUUCUUUUACCUCUCUUCCAUUUUGUCCCCUCCCCUCCAUGCACACACCGCUAG